CUGCCGCGAGGGAAUACAAGAUUCAGUGGUUCUCCAGGGAUUCCAUGGGAAGGAAAUCUUCCUGUCUGCUUUGUCCAUACCAGGGAUCCGAUCCAGAUCUCAGACCCCCGGUGGCUGUGGGGGCGCGCAGAAAACUCGGUCAAAGGGUUUCUCAAUCUCUCUCUCCCACCCUCUCUCUCUCUCUCUCACUGCAGUGUGUGUAUGUGUGUUUGAUUACCUGCGUGCACGCGCACAAAGCUCUGGAUCUCGUGCGUCAAGACUAGUGCACAUCUGUUUUUGGCAGGGUCGCGGAGUUGCGGGGGAGGGGACUACUUCGAUGUGUGUGUGUGUGUGUGUGUGUGUGUGUGUGUGUGUGUGUGUGUGUGUGUGUGUGUGUGUGUGAGCACACACACUCUGCGCCUGAACUCUACUCUUUUUUUUUUUUGCGGAACACUGUAAUUCGCAGCAGAUGACCACUUGGGGGGAUGGAGGCUUUACUGGGGAUGUGAGCGUUUCCUCAGACAGCACCAGAGCGCGCUGCACAAAUUAAUUUGCUCUAUAGAUGAUGCUGCUAUGUGAUGAGGCUGUGUGCUUGAUGUGUGCAGCACUUUUCUCUCCACUUUCCAGCGCAACAAGUGGAUUAUGGACGAGUCCAUGAGAGGGGAGAGGGGCGACUGCACCUGAACAACACAAAGCGAAUGCCGCAUCAGCCUCUGGCUGUGCCAGCCGAGCUGUGUGGGAAUGGAUACCGGCAAUUUCCUGGCGGGGAUGUGCUUUUUCCUCCUGGCUCUCAAUGGCAUCAUCUCGUCCUCACCGGCGACAAACUUUUGUCCCGACCGCUGUGACUGCCAACACCCGCAGCACCUCAUGUGCACCAACCGCGGGUUGCGCAUUGUGCCGAAACCCGCCGCGCGAGUGUCUGAGGAGGUGCUGAUCUUCAGCCUUGGCGGUAACUUCAUUGGUAACAUCUCUGCCUUCGACUUCACACGGUACAGUAACCUGGUGAGGUUGAAUUUACAGUACAAUCAAAUACAAACCAUUCAGCCAAAAGCAUUUGAGAAACUCUCCAAGUUGGAAGAGCUGUACUUGGGACAUAAUCUUUUAUCAAAUAUUCCUGCGGGGACUUUACAACCCCUGAAGAAAUUAACUAUUCUCUAUGGAAAUAAUAAUGACAUUAAGAAAAUCACUCCGGAGCUCUUUGCCAAUUUGGAUAAUCUUGUGAAAUUGCGCCUGGAUGGCAACUCAAUUGAAGUUCUGCAGGACUCUGUUUUUAAAGGUUUGUCCAAUCUUCAUUAUCUCCAUCUGGAAUCCAACAAACUGCAGAAUAUUCACAGAAACGCUUUCUCCAAACUCACCAACCUGCGCUUUCUAAACCUUGCCCACAACAAGCAGUCAGCCGUGCGUAAUGCCCUCACUUUUUCCCAACUCAGGGCUUUGACAACUCUGCUGCUGUCUGAAAAUGAAAUCCAGUACGUCGGAAAACACGUCUUCCAAAAUCUGAAAAAACUGUCAACACUGUCCCUCAGCAACAACAGAAUCUCUCACCUGGACAGCGGGGCUCUGAAGGGGCUGUCCAGCCUCAGAGAACUUCUGAUGGACGGCAACGAGCUGGAGGAAAUCCCCGCUGGUCUCCUCGACUCCCUGGAGAGCAUCGAGAAGCUUGACUUAAGUCGCAACCGGAUUUCCAGCGUGAACUCGUUGGCUUUUUCGCAACUUAAACAUUUGAGGGUGCUGAAGCUAAAGAACAACAUGCUCACCAGUUUAUCCGGGGACAUUUUUGCCCUCAACAAUGUGCUUUACGACCUGGAUCUCCAUGGUAACAACUGGACGUGCGACUGUCGCCUGGAGGAGCUGAAAAGAUGGAUGACUGCUGCUCACUCUCAGGGCAAAUUAUUGACUGUUUUCGUGCAAUGUCAUCACCCAGCAACUCUGAGAGGGAAAUAUCUGGACUAUGUGAACAGCUCCCAGCUGCAGCCCCUCGGGAACUUGACCCACUUGUGUAGGAGCCAAGCCGGGCCUGAGGAGAGCCGGGGAGGGAGUGUCUUGGUAAAGGUAAAGGGUGAAGAGAUACAGGCAGAUGCAAUAAAGCAGGAUGAGAGAGGUGAAGAAGACCUGGUGGAGGGGGAAGGUUUGAUACAGGGUGACAGGGAUGGGGUGAUAAUUAGGAAAGAGGGAGAUAAAAGGAAGAGAGAGGGACAGGAGGAGGUGGAAAUCCAGGGAGACCAAGGAGGUCUAGAGGUGGCUGCACCGUCUUCAUCACUUGAAAGAAAGAAACCAAAGAAAGGCUUGCUCAGCCCAAGGUCACGGCCUGUCGGAGAGGCAGAUGGAAAACGCGCCAAAGGUAGACGUAGGUCAAAUAUCACUUCCAGAACUGAUCCACCGAUUAUUUCCACACCAGGUCAUGCUGGAAUCCAGGACAGAAACACCAGUGAUCUGAACACAGGGCUCACCACCGUCUCUCUGGCCCUGUCAGGAGAAAAGUUUGAUCUUCUGAGGUCAGAUCAGGUAGAGGCCCUCCCUGUAAUCACAGAUCCUUGUUUGUUUAACCGCCAUUUCAUCACCAAUGUUUCAGUGGAUCAAGUGACAUCUAGUACUGUCACCGUCUACUGGACCACCAAGGAUCAUCACCGCUACACACCAGGACUUGGGCCAAGCCUAGAUGAAGUCCACUACCGGAUUCUGUUCGACAGGUUUGGCACUCAAGAUCGUUUCCCCCGCUUUGUUUACACUCGUGGCACAGCUCGCUCUGCAACCCUUCGAGAACUCAGCUCAGAUGUGACCUACAUGGUCUGUGUGGAAGGAGUAGUCGGAGGAUCUGUGUGUCAAGUUGCACCCCGUGACCACUGCGCAGGGUUGGUCACUCUACCUGAGGGGUUCAGCAAUGGAGGCACGCUGACCUCUGACCUCCAGCUGGUGACAGUGGCCACGCUGGCUGGGAAUGCUGUGCUGCUUCUUGUCAUUGGCGGGGUCUGGCUGGGGAGGAGUCUGAAGAGGAGGUUGCAGAAGAGGAAGUCAGCCGUGCACGUACGGCACAUGUACUCCACCAGGCGUCAGUUUCGUCCCACCAUGGCGACCGCCUCAGUGUCCACUGACUUCACCAGCUACCAGAGCAGUCGUCCAGCACGACUUGCACCCCUAGAGGAAGGGGACCUCAUUGAGUUCCCUUGUGACCGCUUUCUGGACAGCAGCAGUGUUCGCAGAGACAGUGACAUGCAGAGAUUUUCUGACUAGAACUAUAAAAACAUGACAGUGUCACAUUAAAAACAUGAAUGUGUUUGUGGCUGUGAACAAACCGAGUCCACAAUCCCGCCAUUUUGUCCUUCUGUGUUUCAUUUGACCACAACAAAACCUUUAGAGUGACAAAAGAAACAGCUGAGCUCGUCAGUGCUUUUCCAGACACCAGAGGAAGUCCAAUCCCUCUGACUUCCUCCUCCUGCUUUGCGCCUUUCCUCUUUCAUUUCCUUGCACCUGUGAGUGUUUCUACAUGUGUGUUUUGAUUGCAAGUGUGUAAGUAUGAAUGACCGAUCACUGAUUUCAACCAUGGUGCUAAUAUUGAGUUCAUAGACAUCAUAUUGUCUCAUAUUUGUACAGUAUGUAAUGAUGGCUGCUGGUUGGCAGGAAGAAAAAAACAACACUUGUUUUGUAUCUUAUCUAUCAUGUUUUAUACCUUUCUAUAUAAUUUUGCAUUACAUGAAGAAGUAAAAUCCCCAACAAUGUGA